UGGAUGGCUGUUAGAUGUGAGCUGGUGAGAGUUGGUGAGAGGUCGGGGGAUGCUGCGGGGGUCAGAGUCCCCACCUUCAAACAUUCACCUCACCCUGUCCCACCCCCUCUGGCUUUGGUGAAACUUUCCAGGAUUUUUAGUUCAAUAUAAAUAGGUGCUCUCUCACGAUAGAGAGACACUGACUGACCUCAUUCUCAGCUGAAACACCCAGACACCAGCUCUGCCGAUCAACUGCGAUGUGGAAAGACUCCAGUCAUGAUGAGAGCCGGGUUUCGGCCUCCAGCAGCGGCUCGUCUCGCAGCGCCAGCCGCAGAAAGAGGACGAGUUUCUCCAAAGAGCACGUCGAGCUUCUGCGCGCCACCUUCGAAACCGACCCGUACCCCGGUAUCAGCCUCCGGGAGAGCCUGUCUCAGACCACCGGUUUACCGGAGUCACGCAUCCAGGUUUGGUUCCAGAACCGUAGAGCCCGCACCCUGAAAUGUAAAGAAGCAAGAAAGGCUCUGUGGCUGUCCAGCAGCCCGCAUCCUGAUGCUUUCCCUUCACCUCCAAGCGUCGCCAGCAGCGGGUCAUCGGCACCACUGAGGCCUCUGGGGCCACUGCCCACCUACCCAGAACCCAUCAAACCGGAAAUGGACAAAACCACCUACUACAACCAACGCCCUCCUGCUUACUCUCCCCCUGGACAGUACAGACCCUUAUUUGGGCUUCAGAGUAGCCACACCACAAUGCCCAGUGCGCCCAUGUGGGGCAUGUGGUCCCAGCCCGGCACCCAGGCCUCUGCUGUUCCCCCUCCGUGGUGCAAACCGCUGGAGAUGAUGAGCUUCGCCGGCAGCGGGUCAAACGUCUCGUACCCGGAGCAGCAGAUGUACAGCACCUCCGUCAGCUCCCUGUCCUCCACUCCAGCCACGCCGGACUCUGGGUUCUGGGAAUCCUGCGUCGGGAGCAGCCCUCAGCUGGAGAGGUUUUGGACUGGGAUGGUUCUGGAGGAGAGCAGCGAGCCGCAGUAUCCUCAGGCCCCCCCGCAGGCCCCGCUGCAGGCUCCCCUGCAGGCCCCGCUGCAGGCCCCCCUGCAGGCCCCGCUGCAGGCCCCCCNGGCCCCGCUGCAGGCCCCCCUGCAGGCCCCGCUGCAGGCCCCCCCGCAGGACCCGCUUCCUGUUCUGUCCCUGGAGGAGAUCCUGGGGGUGUUGGAUGAAAACUGGUUGGAAGGAGAAACUCUGGAGGGUUGUGCUUCUUAAGAAAAAACAGCUUCCUAUUGAUGCUGUGUUAGCUCAGAUCUUUGGUCAUUUGUACUUUUAUUUAUAGCUGCAGUGUGUAACUUUUAUAAAACGUUCUUCACUUGGUGACAGUUUUAGCAAAUACUCUGUAUAAAAUUUACAUACUGCAGCUUUAAAGUAUGUGCAGCUUAAAUAAAUUCACGU